AUGACUUCUUGGGAGACUGCCUUGAAGGAUGUGAGCAAUGGCUUGGGAUGCGUAUAUCACUUGCUCCGGGAAGAGCACAACGAUGAAUACACAGCUCCACCGUCUGUCGAGAAAAAAUUGGUUUCUGCUGGAGCCGAUAGCAACGGGAACACUCUUGAUGAUGUCAACCGAAUUUUGAAAGCAAGCCAGCUACUCGAUAACGACCGUGUUUGGGAGGAAAUUAUGGAGAAAACCCCAGCUGUGUCGACAAGCGCUGAUCAUCCAAAGACACGUAUCCGAAUCGAGGUCAGAACAGUGGUGAAUACAAAAACGGACCCACCGACGCUAACCGAGUCGAUUAGAAUCUUCAAUCAGGGACCAGGCCCGCUCAAUAUCGACCCAAUGGCAGUUAUCCGAAAAGUCCGCAGUACUCGCCCACGAGACGCUCGUGGAUUCCCAAUCCUGCCGCCAGGAUUGACAUUUGGAACCAGCACACCAUCACCAUCGCAGCGUAUAAACAUUUCUCCACACCCAAUCUCUGAGGCGCCCGUCCCACAAGAACCCCGAUUUCCUGAUCAACCCCAAGCCAACGAUCCUCUCCCAUUCCAUACCAACGCUUAUGACUCUCCACCACCAAGUCCAGGACACGAGAUGGAAGAUCAUGCCGAUCAUAUGCGUCACGAUCCAAAUGGAGCCAUUCCGACACUCGCCGAGCUUGGAUUGUCAGAAGAUGAUGGUGUUCAGGGGAACAACAAUUCUGAUGAAGACAAGAACACAUUUUGUCAUAUCAAACUCUGCAAUUCGUUCCAUCAUCUUCUGAAGACUACUCCGGAGAAUGUUCAGGUACUGAAAUUAAUGCAAGAGAAUGGUUUUGAAAACUAUGAUUUACAGGAUAAGCAGAACAUUCUAAAGGAACUGCUGCAUCACUCUGAUGUAAUUCUUCGCAAGGCGAUCGAGAAUUGUCCAAGUGCAAUUACAGAGGAGCUGGUGGAGCUUGCUGCUUCCAUUGUGCUCAUCAAUAACUCUCUCCAGCGUUCUACUAAUUAUCAGGCUUUCCAAUCCAACUCUGGAAUCGCUCUGUCUCUCGUCAUGAGAGUCAAGACUGCCAUUGAGAAACACAUCAUCUAG